GGGAGAGCGCGCGUGGGCGGGGAGCGCGGAGAGGAGGGCGAGCCGGGUGAGCGCGGAGCCAGCGGAGCGCGGAGGCCCCAGCGCCAGCACCCGCGCGGGCGUCCUAGUGCAGCUUAGUGGCGCAGUGGCAGCAGCAGCAUGAGCACCCCCUGGCCUGCUUCACCACAGCCAGGCACUGCUGAGGGGGCUGGAGGCCCAGCAGGGAAGGCUGUGGCGGGUGCCCGGGAGAAGGGCCCUCGACUGGGCCAGCGGCUGCCCUCAAUCGUGGUGGAGCCCAGUGAGGCGGACCCUGUGGAGAGCGGGGAGCUGCGCUGGCCCCUGGAGAAUGCCCAGAGGGGCCCCUCUCAGAGCCAGGCUGCUGCUGCCUCCUCCCCGAGUCUGCCUGGAGAACCAGGGAAAGCUGCAGAUGCUGCUGGCAGAGAGUGUGCCUGCUCUGAGGACCCAGCAGCCCCGGCCCGGGGAUAGGACAAGGACGUGGCUGGGCUCUGCUGUCUGACUGCUGAGGGCUUCUGCCCCAGGGUGGCCGGGCUGGUGCACAGGAGGGCCGGGCCUGCCCAGCCGGGAGAGUCCAGAGGCUGCUUCCUGUCUCACCAGGUCUGACCAGGAUUGCAGCCCUGCCCUCUCCUGCCCAUGGCCCAGGUCUGGAUCACACCCCGCUUUGUUCCGUGGUUUGAAGCAGAAAUAAAGGCACUUCCUGGUGGCCAGCAGGCACACUUGAUGGGGAUGCA